AACAACAAUAAAAUCUUUUGAAUGACAAAAAUCUGUUUUAGCAUUUCACUGUAAUCGAACCUCGGGCGAAUCGAGAAAAAACAAGAAGCAAGCAUUUGUAUAAAAAUACUGAAUAACAAGUUCUUCACACGUGACCAACAUCAAAGGAAACGCGAACAACAACUGCAGGGCCCGAGUCCACUUCCUUGUUCUGAUUGUGACCGGUGCAUGCAAUGGGGAGCUUUUGGCUGGCUGAUAUUUCCAUGUGGUAAAGCGACGCAUUCACAGGCAAGGAACAACAAUUGCAAGCAACAGCAGCUCAAUAACAUCUAACCCACUGGCAGCACCCAAACUUCCACGCGUACUUCCCAGCUGGGAAUUCCUUCCCCUCUAUCCUUGGAGACAUGCUGUCCGACGCUAUCGGCUGCAUUGGAUUUUCGUGGGCUGCCAGCCCGGCGUGUGCAGAGCUGGAGACCCUGGUGCUGGAUUGGGUCGGCAAGAUGAUUGGGCUUCCGAAACAAUUCCUUCAUCAGACGGGAGAGGGCGGUGGAGUGAUUCAGGGUUCUGCGAGUGAAAGCGUUCUCGUAGCUCUCUUGUCGGCGAGGCACAAAGCGAUCAAACAACUCAAACAGAAACAGCCCUAUGUGGAGGACGGGCAGCUGUUGUCCAAGAUGGUUGGGUACUGCUCCAAACUGGCUCACUCGUGUGUGGAGAAAGCCGGCAUGAUCGGCUACGUGAAGAUGAGGCAGCUGGAUGUGGACGAGAACUACUCACUCAGAGGUCACGUGUUGGAAGACGCUAUAGAGGAGGACAGGAAGCUCGGCCUCAUUCCAUUCUUCGUUUGCGCCACCUUGGGUACCACCGGCUGUUGCUCCUUUGACCACCUGAGCGAGCUGGGCGAAGUGUGCAGGCGCCAGGGUUUGUAUCUUCAUGUGGACGCCGCCUAUGCUGGGAACGCGCUUGUCUGUCCGGAGUUCCAGUACUUGAAGAAAGGAGUGGAGAACGUGAACUCUUUCAGUUUCAACACGAACAAAUGGUUGCAAGUCAAUUUCGACUGCUCUUUGAUGUGGGUCAAGAAUGUGGAUGACCUGACAACGGCCUUGACCGUUGACCCCUUGUACCUCCAGCACAAACAUGGAGACAAGGCCAUCGACCUGAGGCACUGGGGAAUUCCACUGAGCCGCCGUUUCCGAGCACUUAAGCUGUGGUUUGUCUUACGUACAUACGGCGUCGAGGGAUUGCAAAAAAUCAUUCGAGAGCACUGCCGGCUGGCCAAAUGCUUCGAGAGGAAAGUUCUGGGGGACGAAAGGUUUGAGGUGCUCGGUGACGUCACAAUGGGUCUCGUCUGCUUCCGUCUCGUGGGCCCCAACACGCUGACCCAGAAACUGUUGAAGGUCAUCAACGACUCCGGCAAACUUCACAUGGUGCCCUCCAUGCUGAAUGAGCGUUACGUCAUCAGGUUUGCCUUGUGUACCGAGCACGCCUGUGAUGACGACAUUACUUUUGCCUGGGAUGUGGUGACGUCAGCGGCCACAGAACUCUUGCAAGGGAGACAACGCGCUGACAGCAACAAAGAGGACACGCUCGGAUACAUAUUCAACGGAGGGAUUGACGAAGACACGUUCGCGGCUUUCGAGGAGGAGAUUAUUUUCGACAACCAGAGAGACCAUUUGCAGCGGGCACAGGUGAUGCGCAGUUUUUUCUUCAAAAUGGUGUCCGACCCCAAAUGUUACAACCCGCGGGUGCUGAGGUCUCUAAACCGGCCAGUUGCCGCGCAGAGUUGCAGUCGUGUGGGAAACAAAGGUCAGGUCAAGGUCAAGGACAAGGACCUAGAGGUCACGGGAGAUAUCAAGGACACCGAACAAACGUCAACGACAAGGGAUGUGGGCGGAGAUGUAGGCGAAGAGGAAGGGGAGAAACAGGAAUCCCUGCUGUCAACCAAACUUUGAGUGAUUUCUUCGAACUGGACUUCCCCCCGACUGAUGACGACCCGGCCUCAAUAAAAAUAGAAUUUAGAAGUAGAAUUAUGAAACUGAAUUUUUAGAUUAAAACUUUGAAAAAGAAUUUAUUGAUAGAAUUAUGAAAAAUAAAAUGAAAUCAAAAUCUAAAAAA